UGAUCUUUAGUGCUUAAACACAUCUUAACUGAUCUAACUCUUAGACGAAUUUAACAAUAACAUACUCAAUGUAAUCCCACAAGAUGUGGUUUGAGAAGAGUAGAGUAAUCCUUCUGACAGAGUAUUUCCGAAAGAACCCCAGCUCAAGUAACGCAAAUCAUUGAACACAUAAAAGGGAACUAAUAAAGCAUGUACAAGAGGAAGCAUCACAUGACAUAGAACCAAGAAAACUUUAAGAACGACAAAGUCAAUCUUCCAAUAAUUCUCAUCUCACUAGUUAUUGUGGUAGGUACUACCAGCACCCUCCCAAGUUCUUUGCACUUCACACACACCAUUAACAUUAAAAACCUGGAUCCCAUUAAGUCUUGAGACCAAAACCUGUAACCCACUAUGUCUCUCUCAUUCUAUCAUUAUUCCCCAUUUGACAAUAACCUACUACAACUAGUAGUAAAAGCUUCAGCUGGUGGGCUCACCUUCCACAUCCUCCACAUUUUCUAUACAUAUCUUUGUCAAACACCAUUUUAUUGAUUCAUAAUUCUUCCCUUUUUGUUUCUCAUACAUUAUAUAUAUGUGCAAUACACUAUGCACAAAUAUAUUCCAGUCUUUUUGGUUGAGACCCAACAUAUCUUGUAGUUGACAAUCGUUUAGACUUGGUAAAGGUUAUCACAACACCUAUAGUAGGACAAGAGGACUUGUUAGCUCUGGAGAUUGACUUAGAAAAAUCUCAUAUUGGAAUAAAGAGGACCAAUAUAGGGCCUCCUAUAUAAGGCAGAAUCAUCAGGAAUUCAACUGUUGAGAAGUCUAUACAAUGCAAAAUUGCGAAGCUCCAAAGAUUUUUUUUUUGAGAAGGUAACAGUUGUGUUUAUUGACAAGUCAGUACAUGGGUUGCACUGAGCUCCAAAGAUUAGACCAGAAAGGACAAUAUCUUGACAAUUGAGCUGAGCCAUUGGGUUGAUUUGAUUCCAAUGGAUGAUUUUUGUUGUACCAGUAACUUCAUGGUAUUUGUUCUUUUCUUAGCUUUACAGUUGCAUAACAGCAGUGAAGCAUUUGGGACAUUGAGGUUUGAUAUACACCACAGGUAUUCUGAUCCAGUAAAAGGUAUUUUAGAGCUUCCCUGGCUGCCUAAAAAAGGUAGUAUUCAGUAUUAUUCAGCUUGGACACAACGUGAUCGCGAUAUCAGCAGGCACCGGCUUACCAGCACCAUUGAUACUACUCCCAACAGUCGCCGUCUUACCAGCGCCAUUAAUCCUACUCCGCUACCUCUCACGUUCGCCGGACGAGGAAACAAAACAGUCCUACUCAGUUCUUUGGGAUUUUUGCAUUAUGCAAAUGUGACAGUGGGCACACCUGGGCUAUCAUUUCUGGUGGCACUCGACACUGGCAGUGACUUGUUUUGGCUACCAUGCAACUGCAACAACUGCGCUCACACACUCCUGACAGGUUCUGGAAGACCAAUAGACCUUAACAUUUACAGCCCGAAUACAUCAUCAACAAGCAAAAUUGUUCCCUGCAGUGGCACUCUAUGUGCGCAAGGAAGACAAUGUUCAGUGGCACAAAGUGCAUGUGCUUAUAGAGUUGCAUAUCUCUCCCAUAAUACCUCAUCUUCUGGGGUACUGGUCGAAGACAUCUUGCACUUACAAACAGAUAGUACUCAACAAAAGGCUGUUGAGGCACCAAUCACAUUCGGGUGUGGAAUGAAACAAACUGGUGCUUUUUCGAAUGGUGCUGCACCCAAUGGUCUAUUUGGACUCAGUAUGGGCAAUUUAUCUGUUCCUAGCGUCUUAGCCAACAAAGGUCUUGCUGCGAAUUCUUUUUCUCUGUGUUUUGGAGCUGACGGUAUUGGAAGAAUAGAUUUUGGAGACAAAGGAAGUCUGGACCAAGGAGAGACACCAUUUAAUCUUGAACAGACACACCAAACUUAUAACAUUAGCUUGACGGGAAUUACUGUGGGAAACAAGAAUGUUGAUGUUGAUUUCACAGCCAUAUUUGACUCUGGCACCUCAUUCACAUACUUAAAUGAUCCUGCUUACAAAGUCAUUACAGAGAAUUAUAAUUCUCAGGCACAAGAGCUACGUAUUCAGCCUAUGGUCCAAGUUCCAUUUGAGUACUGCUAUGGGCUAAGGGCAAAUCAAACUUACUUUCAAAUUCUUGAUGUAAAUUUGAUGAUGAAAGGUGGCAACCAGUUUUAUCUUUUUGAUCCAAUUAUAACAUUGUCCCUUCCGGACGGUUCCACAGCAUAUUGUUUAGCUGUUGUCAAAAGUGGGGAUGUCAAUAUCAUUGGACAAAACUUUAUGACCGGCUAUCAGGUAGUUUUUGACCGAGAAAAGAUGGUUUUGGGAUGGAAGCCAUCCAAUUGUUAUGAUUCUAAAGAAUCCAAAAGUAAAACUACUCUCCCUGUUAACAAGCAAAGGCCUACUAAAGGGUCUGAUCCUACCAGUGGGCUGCCAGAAGACACCAGAGAAAAUGGAAAUGGUAUCAUUAGGUCGACACCAGAUUUUACAGCAUCAACAUCUGCGGGCAACUAUGUAACAAAGAGCUUGACAUUCUUUUGCCAACUUGUAGUGGUUCUGUUUUUCCUUUAUAGCCAUUAUUUGAUUAUUUAAUAAUUAUUUCUUCAUAAGUUCUUUAUUCUUGUAUAUAGUGAGCUCUGUGUAAGUGGUGCUAUAGUAACUUGAAAAAGUAAAAAACAAAUCAUUUUUCCCAUA